AUUUCUAAAUAAUUUAAAAAGAAAAAAAUAAUAAUUGAUUUCUAAAAUUAGCAAUGAAAAUAAAAUAAGUAUUUUUUUUUUUAUAAACUAUUAUUUAUAGUUGCUUAAGUUUUGAACAACUUCCAAUAAAUCUAAUGAAUAUGUCUGUCUUAUUUAUUAAGGAAACAAACUCUAUACUAUAUAUAAAUUCUUCUAACUCUACAUAAUACAGUAUGAUGGAUGAAUAAGGUAGAAUUAUGAAAAGCUAUAGUUUAAACGCAUUUUAUAUCACAGAGGGGAGCUUUAUAGGUUACUUUAUUAUAGAUAAUAAGUUAUACUUAACUUAAUUUGGUUAAACUAAUUACUUUAUAAUUGAUUUAGCACUCUUAGACCAAAGUUCAUCUGGGUUUAUUUAAUAAAAUUCUUAUCCAACUUUGAAAUUCCCAUGUGUAAGAUAUCAAGUCUUAAAAAUAGGAUAAAUGUUUUAUUUGAUGUGCUCUGAGGUUAAUGACUCAAAAAAUAAUUAUAUAGUAUCUUCACCUACAUUUUCAGACUUAUUUAAUUCUAAUAGUAUAACUCGAAUUACUUAAAACAUACCUACUUUAAAUACCUACUGUAACAGUAAUUACUUCAUAAUAUUGGGUAAUUUGAUGUUAUUGGAUGAUGGAAAUUAUUAUGCAAUAGAUACACCAGAACUAAAUUAAAAUAUGCAGCUUAUUAGUAAAAAAUGGUAAAUUUAUGCUUUGGGGAGAGUUUAAAUAGUAAAAAUUCAAAUAGCAAACAAUUAAAUUAAAGUCUUACAAAAAAUCAAUAAUUAACUUGGAAUUAACUACUCAGAUAUAAUCGACUUUUAAAAUAAAUCAUUUAUCAUUAUAGUUAAGAAAGACAGUUUUAUUGUUUAUGAUGUUGAGACUCUAAAUUUAAUUAAAAAUAUAGAACAUAUAUCUUUUAAUUAAUUAAAUUAUUUUUAACAUAAGAAUUUUAUCAUUUAUGGGGAUUCCUUAUAUGAAUUUACAUACAAUCAUAAAUCUGGAUAAUUAGACAUGAAAUAUAGCUAAUUAGAUCAAAGUUAUUCUAUUUAUAAUUUCAAAUUCUAGUAUAGAUAUCGCUUUGGUUAUGGAUUAACAUAUAUUGCAACCAUUUGCACUUAAAAUUGUAUUAAUCAGUUAAAUUCUAUUUAAUAAUUAUUCAAUUUUAUACCUGGAUGCUCUGAAUAUUUAGAUUCUAAUAAAUAAAAUUGCAAGGCAUGUAAUUCUAAUUAUUAAUUGUCAAAUGGAAUCUGCAUAGUUACUUGUGGUCUCGGAUACUAUGAAAAAGAUGGUGUCUGUAUUCAAUGUGAUUAAUCUUGCUAAACUUGCAACGGAACUCUACCUACAAACUGCUUAAUUUGUUAAGAUGGGUUAUAUUACCAUCAGGAUAAUUUAUGCAAAGUUUGUGAUACUAGGAAUGGGUAUAUGGUAGUUAGUUAAAGCUGUAUUUGCUAAGAUGGCUAUUAACUAGAUGACUAAAAAUGCGUUCAACUAUACCUAUCAUAUAACUCUGGUACUUUUAGUUAAAGUGUAGUUAAUCAAGUCACUUAGUAAGCUCAAAUCUCAUCUAAGGUAGCUUUUGCUAGCACAACCUUCUUAAGUUCUGUGAAUAACUAUUAAUGGUAUAACUUGCUUUAAGCUAAGUUAUCUUCUUCUUGUAAACACAGUUCUUCCAUAAUAAAUAUAUGGUCCACUAAGUGCAAUUAAAGAUUAAUGUCCAUCUAGUUAGUUCUAAAAAUUGAAUUUGUUUGCUUUUAUAAAUUAAAAUAGAAGUGA